AUGGCCGAGCUGUACCCAUCAUUGGCACAGAGUGCCAUUGUGGCAGCCGCCGUCAAGGUGUUGCUUUUUCCGGCAUACAAAUCGACAGAUUUCGAAGUUCAUCGCAACUGGCUGGCCAUCACACACUCUCUUCCGAUCCAGGAGUGGUACUUCGAGAAAACCUCCGAAUGGACUCUUGAUUACCCUCCAUUCUUCGCGGCCUUCGAAUGGCUGAUGUCGCAAGUGGCUGCGCUUGUGGAUCCGGCCAUGUUGGAAGUGAAGAACCUAGGUUAUGAUUCCUGGCAGACUGUUUACUUCCAGAGGUUCACCGUGAUUCUCUCUGAAUUGGUCCUGGUCUAUGCGCUAGGCCGAUUCAUCAAGUCUGUUCCGCUGCCAAAUAGACAAACCGCGCAUGUUGCUAGCCUCUCGAUCCUCCUCUCACCAGGCCUCUUCAUCAUCGAUCACAUCCAUUUCCAAUAUAAUGGGUUUUUGUAUGGCAUUCUGAUCUUGUCGAUUGUUCUGGCUCGCAAGAACCUCCUGUCUAGUGGAUUUCUUUUCGCCGCUCUGCUCUGCCUCAAGCAUAUUUACCUCUACUUGUCUCUUGCCUAUUUUGUGUACCUGCUACGCGCAUACUGCCUCGACCCAAAAAAUUUUCUGCGCCCACGCUUUCUGAACAUUAUCAAGCUUAGUGUCUGUGUGCUGGGUGUUUUUGCCAUUGCUUUCUGGCCCUUCGCGAAUCAACUACUGCAAUUGAAGUCUCGACUUUUCCCGUUCUCAAGGGGAUUGUGCCAUGCGUACUGGGCACCCAAUUUCUGGGCGAUCUAUUCAUUUGCGGACCGCGCUUUGAUUCCACUUGCUCCGCGUCUUGGUCUGCCUGUGAACCGAGAGGCUCUGAAUAGUGUUACACGAGGGCUGGUGGGAGACACUUCUUUUGCCAUUCUGCCCGAAAUCACCUCUGGACAGACCUUCCUCCUUACUUUCAUCUUCCAGCUAGUCCCCUUGGUGAAGUUGUGGCGAAAUCCCGACUGGGACACAUUUGUGGGCGCAAUUACGCUAUGUGGCUAUGCCUCGUUUCUCUUCGGCUGGCAUGUCCAUGAGAAGGCAGUCCUCCUCAUCAUUAUCCCGUUCAGCCUGAUUGCCCUCAAAGACCGUCGCCAUUUCAGUGCCUUCCGACCCCUUGCUCCGAGUUCCCCCCUCAAGACCGUAUAUACGAUCUUCUGGCUGAUCAUGUUCCUGUUUAUCUUCGAUCGGAUUGCGCCCGUGCCUGAACGACCCCGGGUUUUCAUCUUUGACCGAUUCGCACUUCUUUACAUCACAAUCGCGAUACCGCUCAUUGUCUACUCCUCAUUGCUCCACCAGGUUAUCUUCGGAUUUGAGCGCCUACAGUUCCUGCCCCUGAUGUUUAUGAGCAGCUAUUCCGCGUUAGGAGUUGUGGGCAGCUGGAUUGGAUUUAUGGUGGUCUAUUUUACCACGUAA